CGCGCAUCCGCGCGUUCAAGUAUUUGUACCGACAUGCUCAAUUGCAGAGCUCAGUCAGCAUUAGGCUCAGUAGUAGCAGGGGAUCCAGGACUUCCACUUCUCACUCACUCCCCGACACUGAAAUCAAGUGCAUCCCCUCAGCUAAAAUGUCCAAGUUGGAUCAGGUCCUUAUCCUUGACCCUCCCGCAGACCUCAAAUUCAAAGGUCCUUUCACAGAUGUAGUCACCACCAACCUCAAACUGAAAAACCCUUCUGACAGAAGAGUGUGUUUUAAAGUGAAGACGACGGCACCUCGCAGGUACUGUGUCCGGCCGAACAGUGGCGUUAUUGAUGCCGGUGCAACUGUCAACAUUUCUGUCAUGCUGCAGCCUUUUGACUACGACCCAAACGAGAAAAGUAAACACAAAUUCAUGGUUCAGUCCAUUUUUGCCCCACUAAAUGUUACUGACAUGGAUGCUUUGUGGAAAGAUGCAAAACCCGAUGAUCUCAUGGAUUCCAAGUUGAGAUGUGUCUUCGAGCUGCCUUCUGAAAACGAUAAAGUGAAUGACGUGGAGGUGGCCAAAACACCUCCACUGACUUACUCUGCAAAGGUUGACCCAACAACAGCCACGGUGCCUGUCCAUGCCUCAGUGGACGAUUCAGAGCUGAAGAAACUGCAGGAGAAGUGCAAGAGGAUGCAAGUUGAGCUGAACAAGCUGGCGGACGAGAACCGAAAAUUACAGGCGGAUGUUAUGAGAAAGGCAGACUACAUGACAUCAAACUCAAAUAGCCUCCUUGGCCGAGAAGCCACCACUGCCUCCUUGCCAUCCCUCCUCGUCGUCAUAGCAGCCAUCUUCAUUGGAUUCUUCCUAGGGAAGUUCAUCUUGUAGACUGGGAGACGCAUGCCAACCGUAUCCCCCGCCCUGGCUCUGGAAUCAAAGCCUGGAAGAACCAAGACGUCUUUCUGUUGACUUUGCCAUAUCAUUGGUAGUGUGGCCUACAGUGAACACAUCUGUACAGCAUCAUUUGAAGGCUUCGCCUUUUUACAAUGUUACACGGUUAGUAUACACAGAGUUGAGAAGAGGGAGGCAACAAUGUUACACGGUUAGUAUACACAGAGUUGAGAAGAGGGAGGCAACAAAGUGGUGUGCUCCCUUUUUGUUUUUUGUUGUGGUGGCUGUAUUAUACAGGUGAUUUGGUAGGACAAUGAAAGAUGUAUACAGUCAACAUGAAAUCUGCACCUAGAAAGACCAGCGGGCAAGAGGCCGUCAAAAGGUUAGAUCUUUCUCUGUUUUUAAUAGGAUUUGAAUGAAUUGUUAGGUGUGUUGUAAAUGUUUUAAAUUCUUUUAAACAAAAAAGGAAAGAACUUCCAUCAAAAAGACCUUGCUACCUGUUGCUGGAUUGCCUCUGAAGUAAAUUUGUUCAGUUCGUAAUUUCUACUUCUUGUCUUGGAAUGUUCAGGUCCAGCUGGGGAUAUAGGUGCCUCCUUGUACAUUUUCACUUUCCUCAUGACGCCAAUGCAGACUUUUUAUUAUUGUUAUUAUUAUUAUUAUUAUUAUUAUUAUUAUACAAAGCAUAUGUUCUUUCUCAGUCAAAUAUUGACCAAAUAAGGUCUCCAUUCUUAAAAUCUGUCCCAUAGUAUUGAAGAAAUAAAAAUGAAAAUGUGGUUUUAA